CCGUCUGGCGGUCCUCCCGACGGGCUCGAUGGCAGAGGCGAUAGGCGUGCGCCUCGUUCGGAGCCGCUUCUUCGGCGGUUUCGUGUGCGGAGCGGCUCUCGGUGCCACCGUCUCGGGGCUGCUCGCCAACAAACUCCUUAGAAACCCCGACCGGCCACCCAGCGCCGCCGCCAGCCAAAAAAAGAGACCUAAGGAAGUUGAAAUUGAGGAACCUGGACCAAAACCUGUAUUGGAAAGAUACGGAUUUCCUGCAGCUGGAACUCAAAUCAGAUGUUAUACCAAUCAUGCUCUCUCUUAUGAUCAGGCGAAACGAGUACCUAGAUGGGUGAUUGAACAUAUUUCCAAAUAUAAAACUUCAGGCAGUGCAGACAGAAAACACUGCAAAUUUAAAGCAGAUCCAAACAUCCCUUCAGUGUUCAGUGCUGUGAAUGAAGAUUACAUCGGCAGUGGCUGGUCACGAGGUCAUAUGGCACCAGCAGGGGACAACAAAUAUUCACUGGAAGCCAUGGCAGAAACAUUUUAUCUAUCCAACAUAGUGCCUCAGAACUAUGAGAAUAAUGCUGGUUUCUGGAAUAGAGUGGAGAUGUAUUGUCGGGACCUGACUGAAAGAUUUGAAGAUGUCUGGAUUGUUUCAGGACCCUUGAUGUUACCUCAGUUGGAUGAAGACGGGAAGAAGAAAGUUAUCUACCAGGUAAUUGGGAAAGACGAGGUGGCUGUACCGUCUCAUCUCUACAAAGUCAUUCUCGCCAGGCAGAGUGAAGUUCUUCAAGAUCCUUUGCUACUUGGAGCCUUUGUGAUACCCAACCGUCCUAUUGGAUUUGACCAUCAGCUCCGGGAAUUCCAAGUUGGCAUUGAAGAUCUGGAGAAGAUGUCUGGCCUUAUUUUCUUUCCAGAAGUGAAUAAAUCUGAAGAUGUUAGAAAUAUUUGCGAGGUUGAUACUUGUAAGCUAAUGACCUUGGAAGAGUUUACUUUGUAUAUCACAACUCGGAAACUACAGAAUGCAAGGACUCCAGAAAGGCUAGCGAAAAUCAUGUCUGAGUUACGUGAAAAAGGAAUUGAACCGGAUGAGUAUCUCUUAAAGGUUUAUAACAAGAAGAAAGAAGAAUUAGCUGGAAAAAAAACAGCAGAAGUUAGAGAAAGAAAAGUUGGUUGAACUUAAAAAGUUUGGUGUUGUAUUUUCAGAGAUGUAGCUAUUAAGGAAGCUUUCAUAACCAUUCUCUUUGGCUCUGCUCCUGUGAUAAAAAUAUAGAAUUUGCUGUAUAAAAUUGAAACAUUUCUCUGUGCUGGAGGUUGGUAAUGGUACUUUCCUAAGUUAGCUAUCAAAUAUUCAAAUUUAUGGGAAUUCUUUCAUGAAACGCUAGAAAAAAAACCUACUGGGAAUAUAAGCAGGUUUUUUUUUCAUUGCUAUCUGUUCAAUGCUUUUCUAAUAUAUUUGCUUUAGAACUGUUUUAUUCUUUCCUGUUAAGAUUAUAUCACUGAUUUUAAUUCGAUAUUUUUAAGAAUAAUAUCUA